ACCGAAAUAGUCGUCUCUAUCAAUCUAGCAAUUGGGCAGCAUCGGCAGUUCAGAAUCAGCAUCGGCAGUUUAGAACCAAAAAUAUUCUGUGUCUCCGCGUAUCGCUCUUUUCUCCGUUAUCUCAAAGCCUAACUGACUGGUGAAAGAUGAAUUUGGCGAUUUGACAGUUUGGGGCAAUUUUUCUGAUAUUUGGAAAAAAAGAAGUCCAUGAUGGACACCAAGUUGCCUCGUUCAAAAUUAUCUGUGUACCUGUACAUUCCCAAUAUCAUAGGAUACAUAAGAAUACUCAUGAACUGCCUUGCCUUUGGCGUAUGCUUUUCGAACAAAAAGUUAUUUUCCAUUCUAUACCUAAUCAGCUUUGUUUGUGAUGCCUUGGAUGGCUACUUUGCCCGCAAGCUUAAUCAAGUUUCAACCUUUGGUGCUGUUUUGGACAUGGUGACAGACAGGAUUAGCACUGCUUGUCUUCUUGUCAUCCUCUCUCAAGUUUAUAGGCCUGGGUUGAUCUUUUUGUCAUUGCUUGCCUUAGAUAUUGCCAGCCAUUGGCUGCAAAUGUACAGCACUUUUUUGUUCGGUAGGGCUAGUCAUAAAGAUGUAAAAGACAGCACAAAUUGGCUUUUUAAGGCAUACUAUGGGAACAGGAUAUUUAUGGCCUACUGUUGUGUGUCAUGUGAGGUUCUUUACAUUAUUCUAUUUCUUGUUGCAAAAAACCAAACAAAUGAUGUGAUUGAUGUUUUAGUAUAUACUGCAAAACAGAAUUCACUCCUGUCUCUUUUAGUUGCUUUAGCUCUGUUUGGCUGGGCAAUCAAGCAAGCAAUCAACAUAAUUCAGAUGAAGACUGCAGCAGAUCUAUGCGUGCUUUAUGACAUCAACAAGAAGCAGCGGCCCUGAAUUUUAUGGACUCAUAUUUUUCUGGGGUUGAGGUAGUUAACCUCUGUAUAUACUGGAAAUCCAAUUUAGGUCCCGUUUGGAUUCAGAAAUGAGUUGAGAUAAUUUUAGAUGAGUUGAAUAAAAUAUUAUUAGAAUAUUAUUUUUAAUAUUAUUAUUGUUUUGAAAUUUGAAAAAGUUGAAUUGUUUAUCAUAUUUUAUGUGAAAAUUUAGAAAAGUUGUAAUGAUGAGACAAGAUGAGUUGAUGUAAGUUUCGAAUCCAAACAAGGCCUUAUUGUUCUUGAUCUUUUAUGUGAAAGUGGAAUUUUUUUUUUCAAAUUUCCUCUCCUUUUUAAAGAUCAAUGGGUAAAAAGAUGAUACAGAUCGUCUCUUAUGCUUGUUUCAUGCAAUCCGACGGCCAAAAGUUACCUAAUUAGUAAAUGAUUCAGGCAUGAGCUACUUUUGUGAAUAGUACGCAAUUGUUCAUUGCUGAUUUGCCUGCUGGUGUAUAUAUUCUCAUUUACUAGCCGAAGUGGUGGUAAAAGACAGCUUAAUGAGAAUGGGUGCGAACUGGAUUCUUAACUUGGGAUUGUAGCAUGGCGUUCUAGUAACAAGAGAAGAGUCGCAAACAGCUCAAGGUUGUGUUUCAGAUUUAUGCGUUUUUUUUUAAAGAGUGUGGAAUUUGUAUACGCUAUAACUGCAAAUAUAAUUUCUAUAUACAGGGAGUGGAUCUCUUUCCUCUUCCCUGUUUCUAUGGUUCUAUACUGAGUUUGCUUUGGAUCUUGGAAAAUGUUUUCCU